AUGUGGAGCAACGGUAUGAUUCGGUGUAUAGGCAGGAGAUGGUACUCGCUGCAGAACAGCUCGGCGGUUGCAGCAACCGCCAAAGCUGUUCAUCAGCUUACCGUUAAGGAUAUUAUGGCAAAAUACCAUCGUAGAAACCCCAUUUCGAUGGUUACUGCGUAUGACUAUAUAACAGCAAGCUGGGCACAGAAUGCCAACUCAGAUAUGAUUUUAGUAGGUGACUCCGUCGCUAUGUGUUCUUUAGGGUAUGAAUCAACUACUCAGCUUUCUCUUGACGAAUUUCAAUAUCAUGUUGGUGCUGUUUGUCGCGCUCCAGGUCCUGCAUUUGUCGUUGUCGAUAUGCCCUUCGGAUCCUUUGAAAGAUCAAUUUCUGAUGGGAUCGGUAACGCGUUCCAGUUGUUACAUUUGAAUCCCAAAGUGCAAGCCGUGAAAGUAGAGUGUGGAUUGUCUCAAGAUGAUUACUCGCUAGAAUAUAUCAAAGAGUUGGUUAGACGUGGUAUAUCAGUGAUAGGGCAUAUAGGAUUGACUCCACAAAGAGUCCAUUCACUAGGCGGGUACAAGGCCCAGGGUGGUCAACAGAGCACUGAUGCUGUGGCGUUGUACAACGUUAGUCAAACUUUGCAACAGAUCGGAUGUUUCGGUAUUGUAUUGGAAUGUAUUCCGCAUAAGAUAUCUUCUGUCAUCACGGACAAAUUACACAUUCCCACCAUUGGUAUCGGUGCAGGCCCAGAUACUAGUGGCCAGGUGUUGGUGCAAUCUGACGUUCUUGGGAUGCUUCCCGGACAUAAACCGAAAUUUGUUAAAAUGUUCGCAGAUUUUAAGAAGGACGCUGUUUCUGCUUUGUCUCAGUACGUUCAAGAAGUUCAUGAUAAAUCUUUCCCACAUAUAGGCCACCACACUUUCAAAGUAAACGAUGAAGUGUACCAAGAUUUUAUUUCUAAGAUAGAUACUGAGUGA